GUGGCCUUUGGGCAUCUGGCAAAGCAAAGCAAAGCAAAGCAAAGCAUUUCCCGUCAACUUGACUUCACGCAAACUCUCAACUAGCAUUCACACUAGCAAUUCAUGCAAGAUUGCAGCCAUUAAUCCUGACGAUCCCCGUCCCAUAUUAAAGACUCUUCCCUUCUCCCCUUCCAAUCUUCGUAACAAAAUCCAACCCUCUCUUCUACACCAGAUGGAGAAGAAGAAGGUAUCAACAACCUCUCGCCCCUUAGGCAUGUGUGAGAAGCUCUUCAACGCCUUCAACCCCGCUUUCCGCCCACUUCGCCGCCUCACUUUCCGCCAUCAGGAACCUGAAGGCACCACCAAUCCUUCAUCGACUCGGCCAAAUCACUCUCUGGACUCCGGCACGAAAGAUCCUGGUCCUCAAAAGGCACUGCCUACUUCAGCGAAACUCAUACCACCUACAUCUGAGAAGAAACCGGCUGAGACCGUUGCACCCAAGGCCGAACCGCACCACCCACUGCCAACGCCAGCGGCACCGCCGCCGCCGUCGCCGCCAACUACAUCAGUCCCAGUUCGGAGGGUUCCCGACAAGGUGGUGCCACCGAGCGCGGCACCCCCAAAGGCGGUGACGAUACCGCAACCAAUGCCACCAAAGGCAGUGGCGACACCACAACCACUGCCGCAGCCAGCCCCUCCGGCGGGUGCGGCGGCAGCGACAGAAAGAUCAAAGAAGAACAUUAAUGAGAGGGUGGAGGAUUACAUCAAACGCCGUAAGCAUAAGAUGAGGGUUGGCUCUGGGGUUGGAAGAGAUGGCAGCGGAAAAUAAGAGAGAGAGAGAGAGCGCACGCCUGCAGAUAUAUGUUCUGAGUUUAAAUUGUUGAAGGGUUAUUGUUAACAGCUUCCGUUUGAUAUAUGCUUUUACCGUUGUAUGAGUUUGUGAGAAUAUAUGGUGUUCUUGAAGAAUAAAUUUGCUUGUGAGCCGAAA